GAACUGGGCUGCUGGGUACUGACGGGCACCGGGCGGCUGCUGGAGGGGAAGUCUGUGUCAGUGAGGUGGUUACGCCCGUGGUCUGUGUACAAACCGUCGGGGUGUGCGUGUGUGUGUAGGGGUGGGGGGUGAGUGUUACUGAUUUGGCAUCGGCAGCAAUCCGAUGUGCGCUCAGUGAGGAGGAUGCUGAGGAAGGAGAGGCAGGGCGAGACACAGUGAUGCGGUGACACAUGGCUGCCUGCCGGUGCACUUAGACUGCGGCUCACACUUCCAUUCACCGAAAAAUAGGAGAGGCUGGACUCCGGGUUGCCUAGAGACGCUGCUCGGAGGCUGGAGGCUGCCGCAACCGACAAACGAGCUGUGGAAGCCCCGCACACUGCUGAUCGGACAGCCUGCUGAUCCCUUUGCGUACUGAGAUAUUUGGCCUUGCCGAGCCGCCGUAGAGAUGGGAGAUAACAUGUCCAAGCGACUGAAGCUGAUCUCGGCUACAGACGCAGAGAUGGAGGAGCGCUCUUUUUCAAACCCAUAUCCCGACUGGGACCAAGGAGUCCUCACCUCCAACUCUGGAGCGGAUGUAGUUUGCAAUGACUCCCUUGAUUCGGAAGGAAAGGUUAGCACAUCCUUUCAGAAGAAGGUCCAGAGUAAGAUCAAAGAUCUCCUCCAGCAGAUGGAGGAAGGCCUAAAGACAGCCGACCCCCAUGACUUCUCCACCUACACCGGCUGGACAGGCAUUGCAUUGCUGUACCUUCAACUGCACCGGGUCUCAAAUGAGGCCUCCUACCUGCAUAGAGCCCUAGACUACGUAAAGAGGACCAUGAGGAUCCUGAAUGGGCGCAAAGUGACAUUUCUAUGUGGUGACGCGGGGCCUCUGGCAGUGGGUGCGGUGGUCCACCACAAACUGAAUAACACGACUGACAGCAAAGAGUGUCUGUCCAGGCUUCUUCAGCUUCAGCGGUCUGUGCUGAGCCCAGACUCUGAUAUACCAGAUGAGCUGCUGUAUGGUCGUGCUGGAUACCUUUAUGCUUUGCUGUACGUUAACAAAGAGAUCGGCACUGACGCUGUGGAUGAGGACACCAUUACAAAGGUGGUCACAGCCAUUGUGGAAUCUGGUAAGAACAUGUCAGCAGAGCAGAAGAAGACUGAUCGCUGUCCACUCCUCUAUGAGUGGCACAAGAAGCAGUACAUCGGCGCUGCCCACGGCCUGGCCGGCAUCUAUUACAUGCUGAUGCAGUCUGGAGCAAAAGUCCAUCCAGACAUCCUGUCAGAGUUGGUUCGCCCCAGCAUCGACUACGUCCGCCACAAGAGGUUUCGUUCAGGAAACUUCCCUUCAUCCCUGAGCAACGAGAGCGACCGGCUGGUCCACUGGUGCCACGGAGCGCCCGGUGUUAUCCAUAUGCUUAUCAUGGCCCAUAAGAUUUUUAAAGAAGAAAAGUACCUGAAGGAGGCUGUAGACUGCGGCGAGGUGAUAUGGCAGCGGGGCCUGCUCAGAAAAGGCUACGGUAUUUGCCAUGGAACCGCUGGCAACGGAUACGCCUUCCUGUCUCUCUACAAACUCACCAAGGAGAAGAAAUACCUGCACCGCGCCUGCAAGUUUGCUGAGUGGUGUUUGGACUACGGGACACAUGGGUGUCGUAUCCCAGACAGACCAUACUCCCUUUUUGAAGGUAUGGCAGGAGCCCUCCACUACAUAUCAGAGAUGGAAAACCCCGAAGCUUCGUGUUUCCCUGCCUUUGAACUUUGACCUGACAGCCCCUGACUUUGGAUUACGAAGGGGAGGCUUAAUAUUUUCAAGUUAACUUUCCUUUAAAAGUACGCUGCUCAAAAAAAAAUGAGGGGAACGUUUAAAUCACACAUUGGAUCUUGAUAAAUGAAAUACUCACUCUGAAAAUCUUUAGUGUCAUAAAUUUUGUAAUUAUCUUGAGAACAAAAUGAUCUACUAACAGUGAGAACCAAUAUCAUCCACCCUUUAAGGGUUUGAAUUUAGAAACCACACCAAAAAUCCAAGUUAAAAAUAGGCUCGUCUGACCUGCAUCAUAGUGUGGCUCAGCAGUAUGUGUGGUCCCCAUGACCCUACAUGCGCUCUUAGCUGAUGUCUUUAAAUCUUGUUCUGGACUUGGAUCAAGGCACCAGUAAACUUCUGGACAGUGUGUGGCACUGUUUGGUGGGUUUCGAUGGACCAGUGCAUAAUUUUCCUGAGAAUCUUCAUAUCUUCAUAACUGGCGUCAGUGCCUUCAUCAUCCAGGAACUGCCUUCAUUCUCGCCAGCGGAGGACAGACAUUGUUGUGCACCAAGAGGAUCCCAGGGCUUGCUCCAGCAUGAAGUCUGACAUUAGAUAUGUGGAUUUCAUCCUGAUACCAAACAUGCAGGUCUGUUUCACUAUUUCCCAUGUGAACAUGCUGUCAUCAUAGGGCACUAGUGUGAGACCUCCCAGUUUCGGUGGUAUCUGAGAAAAAUCAGUCAUGAGGAUUAAGAGGAGAGCAUUGGUCUGUGGCUGCAACCUGCAAAACCAUUCCCAUUUGGGAGUUGUCUUCUUGUUGCUUUUCCAUUGUUGCCACAUUCAUGGCACCAAAACAGGUGAAAUUAGUUGACCAUAGUUUAUGCUUCCAAGAAUCCUUGAAGCUUAAUUGACUGUUUUAUUCUGAGAUCAUAAAGUGUUCCCCUAAUUUUUUGAGCAGUGUAUUUUGAUAAAACUUUCAGCCUUGGUCAUGCGUAAGUAGUGACCAAUAUUAGACAUUCAAACUGGAAAUAAGUGCAACUGAUUAAUUAUUUGUUGGAUUAAAGACAUGGUUAGCUUUUCUGUGAUUAAAAAUGUACAGAGAAUGUUUUUGGACAAAACUACACAUUCAUUUAUGGAGGUGUAGUAAAAAUAAAAGAAGCAGUAGAUCGAUGGAGCGCGACCAUCGUAUUGCCUCUUUUUCUCUUGCUGAAGAUAGACACUGGAUCUGAUGUUGGAACGCUGUCAGAACUCGCCUAUAAUGUGCUGAGAAAAAGACAUGGACCUCAUGGCUCCCCAUCAACACAUUAUUGCCAGCUGGGCUUGGUCACAGGAGCACAUUCUAAGCACUCAGCCUUUAAUAUUGUAGCACUUAGGCCAAGAGAGCAAGUGUGGGUGUGUGUGUAUGUGUGAAGAUGUGCAUCUCUGUCAAAUGAACUAAAGCUGUUGUGGCAUGCUCACUGUUAUUGGCUUUUGGUGCCUCAUUGUGUGUCAGUGUAGUAGUUAUUCUUCCUGUAUUUAGGUGUGCUGUUUCAGUUCUUCAUGUGUUGAUCGCAUAGUAGGCAACAUGUUUCUUUGCCCUCUUUUAUUUUAUUAACAAGUAUAAAGUAGCUCCGUGCUCUCAAGCUGACCGUCAGCUGUAAAGUCUGUCUGCAGCUUUUCUGUUAUAAAAAUACAUGUUCCAAUUA